UCGACCACACUGUCCCAUCGUAUCUUUUUCUUCUUGUUCUACUUCUUGUUCUUCUUUUUCCCUCUUCCCUCUUCCUUCCUUAUACUCAUCUCUGCACUCAUCUAUCUAUCCAUUUCUCUAGCUUUACGUAUUUUAUUAAGAUUUAUAAAGGAAAGUCACCAAAUCCCGCCUUCACCACCUUUUCUCAAUAUUCACACACCCCUAAAGACUCUUUUCCUAACAUCCAUCAAAACCGUAAUUUGAAGCGAAAAAUAGGGGAGAAGGCGUCUAUUAGACGUUCUGUUCAAUCACGAUCUAACUAUGAGUGACGCGUUUUUUUUAAUAAUUUUACAAGAUCUGUACACUGGUGUUAACGUGCUCAUGUAACAUAACGAUUUCUUUCUUUUUUGUGUCUUAAAGUUUGAUAGUCAAAACAUUUUCAAGGCCGAUAAUAAUAAAAAAAGAAAAUAGGCUUAAUUGCUCUUAAUAUUGAUUGCGCUCAAGAAACUGCUAGAAUUCUAAUUAGUAGAGGGUUGAAUAAAGAAAAAAAACAGCCAAGUCUGACCUUUAUAUUGACACGUGCAUAAUAGGAAAGAAGAGAUUUCUAAUAGAGCAUAGAACGGUAAAGAGCUGAAAGAAGGAGAGAUAGGCUUGGGUGUAUGAGAGUUGUGGAUAGUAAAUAAAAAAGAAAGAUAUCAAGGAGUGGGGUGAGGAGAAAGAUACGGCAUAAAUAGGCAAAGAGUAAAUAAUAUAGUGAGAAAGGAAGAGGUGAGACUGGAGGAUGAGAGGAGAAGAAAGAGAAAGGAUUAGAUAGUUAUCUGGUUGGCUGGCUAGCUGGAUAGAGAGAUAGACAGAUACACAUAUAUAAAUAUAUAUAAAUAUAUCUAUAUAUAUGUAUAAGAAUGGAUGGAUGGUUGGGUAGAUAGAUAGAUAGAUAGAUAGAUAGAUAGAUAGAUUGAUAGAUGAAUAAAUAAAUAUAUAUAUACUGUAUACAUACUAUAUACUAUAAAUAUAUUCGUACUUUUUUAUGAUUUUCGUAAGAGUUUUCACAUUAUGAACUUAUCAGAUAAGAUCAAAGUUCACCUAUUGUAAGCAUGAGGAUAACAAGUGAAUCACAUUUCAGUCUUUACUGCUUCUAACUUGGCUUUAUUUAUUUUCAGUAAGCUUUUUGAAUUGUCUCUUAUACAAUCAUCUUCUAAAAGAAUAAACAAUGGAAUUAUGGAUUCUAAAAAUAUUCUCCCUCUCACUUAUCUCUAUUAUAUCGUUUGUCAUGGGUCUUCUUCCCCUAAAACCAUUAACUAUGCUCAAGAACAAAAGGAUAAAAGACGAAACUUCUAAAAAUAUUAUAGAUUAUUUAAACUGCUUUGCUGGUGGGAUAUUUUUAGGAACGCUACUUCUCCACCUCUUACCGGAAGUUAAUGAACAACUAGCCAUCUUCGAAAAAGCUAAUGGAUUGACAAUUGAUUAUCCUUUGGCUGAAUUCUUAACGGCUAUUGGCUUUCUGCUAGUGCUAAUCCUUGAAAAUUUAGCGGUUGUUUGUCAACGAAGAUGGGUAAUUGCAAAAAAUUUAUUUCCCUCAGAAAGUGGAGAGCAUUCUCCUUUGUUAAAGGAUUGUCAGGCCUCUUAUGAAAAUGUGAAAGCAGAGAUAAGGACUGAAGUUAACCUAGCUGAAGGACAGCAAUCCGACCAUAAUUCCUCUCUUUUAUCUAAUUCUCAUCCUCCUCAUUCUCAAACCUAUGCCCAUCAUCAUUGUCAUGAUCAUCACCCUUCUCAUUCCCCUCCUAUUGCUCCCCCUCCUCCUUCCCCUCCUCCUUCUUCUCCUCCUUCACCUUCUACGUCUUCGAUGCAGAGUGGGAUGAGAGCUGUUGUUUUACUUUUGGCCUUGAGUUUACACAUGAUUUUUGAAGGUUUGGCUGUUGGUCUUCAAAAUAAAAAAGGUCAAAUGUGGAGUUUGACUAUAGCUAUCCUAUUACAUAAAUCUAUAAUAAUAUUCUCAUUAGGCGUUCAGUUCACCAAGCAAUUUUCAAACGAUACUAGAAGGAUAGUAACGCUAAUAGCAGCUUUUUCUAUUAUGACACCAGUUGGUAUAGCAGUUGGUACAGUAAUUACCUUUUUAGGAAAUAAGGCAAAGCCAAGUUCCAGUUUAAAUUUGGUGAGCGCAGUUCUUCAGGGACUUUCAACAGGAACUUUUCUGUUUGUCAGCUUUUUUGAAAUUUUACACAAGGCUAUUGGUGAUAAUGACGACCUUAUGAAAAUUUUAUGCGUCCUAUUCGGCUUCAGUCUCUCAGCUCUUGUUAAUUUUUACUUCUAGACUUAAUUAUUAUCUUGUCAUUUUUUUUUAUGCAUAUCGACUCUCUCUCUCUCCCCCUUUCUUUUUUUUUCUCUCUCUCUCUCUGAGGACAUAAAUAUGAAUAUACA